AUGACGAUGAAAGUGGCGAACGAUGACGGUCUCAAGAAGAAGCAGCGGCGAAUGAAGGCAAAUGGAAGAGAAAGACAGCGCAUGCACGGCCUCAACGACGCCCUAGAUGUGCUUAGACAGUACAUUCCCAUCACUGCACAACAUCAGAAGCUGAGCAAAAUCGAAACACUACGAUUGGCCAGGAACUACAUCCUUGCGCUUCAACGAAUUCUUGAAACUGGUCAACCACCGUCUCCGCUGGAAUAUGCCCAUCAGUUAUCCAUUGGACUCAGUCAGACCACCACUAACAUGCUGGCUACACUUCUUCAGGUACACCCACGCUUACUACUUGGCAGCGGCUCUGCUCCACCAUGUAUGGAAGCUGCCUACCUCCCACCUCCACAUUUCUUGCCGCCCGAUUCGCCAUAUGUCAGCGAUUGCUCCCCUCCUAUGUUGCAUCCCGGAGACGGGGCCAUAUAUUACCCAUUUCCGACAUUUAAUGCGAAUAUUCAGUUCAAUUCAAAUGGCUUUUCUAACUAG